CAUUUUAUCACAACAAAACCAGAUUUCAUCAAACAGUAAAUAGUUUCUUUCUUCCCCUUUCCUUCUCUUGUAACAGUCGUAUAUCAGGUGGUGCGCCACUACCGUUUUUUCACGCCUGAAACUGGUGAAACAUCAUCUUUUUUCGGUUGUUACAAAAGAAAAGUUCGAUAAAAAAUAAAAACUAAGAAAAAAACAGUUUUUAAUUCAUUUUCAUUGUUAAAAUAAUGGGUUUCCUUCACAAGCUUUGGGACGAAACGCUUGCUGGACCAACGCCGGAUUCCGGCCUAGGAAAACUCCGCAAAUACAACUCUUUUUCCGCAGCCACUACUAGAUCCGCCGCUGCUCUGCCGUCCGUUGUCAUUCCUCCACCACUUGAUGAUCAAAUCCCGAUUUCUCGGAGCAUCACUAUUCUCCGAACCAGCCCUGGCUCGCCGCGUAAUCUUAAUACUUCUCUUGACUCUGGAUCGGUCCCGAAUUCUCCUGCUGGUUCCAGCACUCCCACCUCGCCAUUUUCUCCAAGUACCCCGGGUGGGAACUUUAAGAAAUUGACAAGGAGAAAAUCUACCUCGGCCUCAGUGCAUCAAUCUGAUCCGAAGAGUCUAACUGGUUAUGAUUGGAUUGUGCUAAGUGGUUUAGAUCGUUGACUCAAAAAUGCUAAUUUUGUGAGGGUAAAACGGUCUUUCUGUAAAUAAAGGACCCUGAUCAGCAUCCUGUAUUCAAUCCUAUAAUUCUAUAAUUCAACGUAGAAUAAGAGAGGAAAAAGUAGGAGAGUAGGUUUAGAUCAAAGACUUUUGAGUCGUCCUUCUGUGUGAAGAAAGUGAUAUCCAUUUUUGUAUCUUUAUCUCUUCUGAGCAGUUUCUUGACUUUUGUGAAUAAACUUUUUUUUUUUCUUUUCAUUGUCGUGGGAUUGUAUAUAUGUAGAAUAAAUGUUAUAGCAGUGAUUUGCUGUCUGUAAAUUCUCUCUAAUGAAACUUGUGUUAAGUUUUGUAUUCUUUUUGAUUGAA